ACCACAGCCAUCACACUGUCGAUCAUGGACUUUCUCUUUGAAACCCUGCCACCCCUUUGUCUGCACAGGACAACAUGUUCUGUCUGUCACAUUACUGUGUUCAGAGUACGCACACCUCAGCAAAGGAUUAUUGGGAAGAUGAAGAUGAACCUCUUUGGAUAAGCUGUUGCUGCUGCUGCUAAGUCACUUCAGUCAUGUCCAACUCUGUGCGACCCCACAGAUGGCAGCCCACCAGGCUCCCCCGUCCUUGGGAUUCUCCAGGCAAGAACACUGAAGUGGGUUGCCAUUUCCUUCUCCAAUGCAUGAAAGUGAAAAGUGAAAGUCAAGUCGCUCAGUUGUGUCCGACUCGUAGUGACCCCAUGGACUGCAGCCCACCAGGCUCCUCUGCCCAUGGGAUUUUCUAGGCAAGAGUACUGGAGUGGCUUGCCAUUGCCUUCUCUACUUUUGGAUAAGACUCUUUGAUAAAUUUUAAUGCAAUAGAUACAUGAUGUUAUUAACUGUAAAAUAACAUCAAACAUAAAAUUUCUGGAAAGAUUUGCCAUUAGAAAUGCAAAUAGGCAUAUAUAUGAAUGCUUUUAAUCGUUUGAAUCUAUACCCCUUAUUACUGUUUAUGGGCUUCCCAGGUGGCACAGUGGUAAAGAAGCUGCCUGCCAGUGCAGGAGAUGUGGGUGUGAUUUAUGGGUCGGGAAGAUCCCCCUGGAGGAGGAAAUGACAAUCCACCCCAGUAUCCUUACCUGGGAAAUCUCAUGGACAGAGGAACCCGGUGAGCUACAAUCCAUGGGGUCACAAAAAGUCAGACAAUUGAGCAUACACACAAACACACACACACACACACUGUAUGUAGCAUAACAAGUUAGCCUUUUAUUCAUUAGAGCGAGGAAACUUGCUAUAGCCUUUUACUUAUUUAUUUAGCAUUUUUUUGAGCACUUUAAAGUUUACAGGGAAAAAUGAGUGAAAAUCAUGCAACUCCCAUCUAUCUCCUCCCUCCAUUUCUCCUCCCCUAAUUUCCCCAGUUCUUAACAUCUUGCAUUAGUAUGGUACAUUUGUUACAAUUGAUGAGUCCAUAUAGACACAUUAUUAUUAACCAAAGUCUGUCGUUUGUAACUGUUGGUGGUGUACAUUUUAUGGGUUGGGACAAGUGUAUAAUGACAUAAAUCUAUCAUUAGAGUGUCACACAGAAUAGUCUCACUGCCCUAAAAACAUCACGUCCCAUCUAUUUAUCCCCCUCACCCUCUCCACCCCUCGUCCCCGCUCCCCAAACACCUGGUGACUACUGGUCUUUGUAUUGUCUCCAUAAUUGUGCCUUUUCCAGAAUGUCAUAUAGUUGGAAUCAUACAGUAUGUAGUCUUUUCAGAUUGGCCUCUCUCACUUAAAAAUACACCCUUAAGCUUCCUCCAUGUCUUUUUGUGGCUUGAUAACUUAUUUCUUUUUAUCACUGACUGAUAUUUCAUUGUGCGGAUACACAACAGUUUGUUAGCUAUUCACCUAUGAAAGGAUGUGCUGUUUGCCUCCAAGUUUUGGCAAUCAUGAAUGAAGCUGCUGUAAACACCUGUGUGUAAGUGUUUGUGUGGACACGAGUUUUCACUUCCUUUGGGUAAAUACCAAGGAGUGUGACUGCUGGAUCAUAUGCUAAGAAUAUGUUCAGUUUUGUAGAAAACUACCAAACCAAACUUUGUCUUCCAAAGUGGCCACACCAUUUUUCACCCUUGCCAGUAUUUGGUGUUGUCAUUGUUUUUGGAUUCUGGCCAUUCUAAUAGCAUAUCUAAUAGGGUAUCUCAUUUUGCUUUAAUUUGCAAUUUCCUAAUGACAUGUGGUAUUCAGCAUCUUUUCAUGAUUAUUUGCUGUCUGUAUAUCUCUGUUUGUGAGAUGUCUAUUCAGAGCUUUUGCCCACUUGAUUGUUUUCCCGUUGCUGAGUUGGAUAUCUGUCCUUUACCUAGCAUGUAUUUUGCAAAGAUUUUUCUCCCAGUUUGUACAUUCUCUCUUAUUUAUUUUCAAUUGGAGGGUAAUUGCUUCACACCGUUAUGUUGGUUUCUGCCAUACAUCAGCAUGAAUCAGCCACAGGAAUACAUGUGCCCCCUUCCUCUUGAACCUUCCUCCCACCCAUCCCACCCCUCUAGGUUGUCCCAGAGCCCAGGUUGAGCUUUUUGUGUUAUAUAGCACAUUCCCACUGGCUCUCUAUUUUGCAUAUGGUAAUGAAAUGUUUCCACGUUCCUCUCUCAAUUUGUCCCAUCCUCUCCUUCCCCCACUGUGUCUUCACCUCUAUUGCUGCUCUGCAAAUUGGUUCAUCAGUACCAUCUUUCUAGAUUCCAUAUAUACGUGUUCAUAUACAAUAUUUGUUUUGGUGCAUCCUCCUAAUAUUUGUUUAUCUUUCAUUAUUUAAACUCCAACAUCCAAUUCUUCUGAAGUGCUUGUGACCUCCAGGUUGAUGGCUGGUAAAAAGUUAGGACAGUUUGAACUCUCCCGGCCUGUUUACCGUCGACUCUCGUCGCGCGGUCAGUUGCAUCGUAGAUGGGAUCAAGUCAUCAAGCCCAACAGCAGCUCCGCCGCAGCCCUCACGUUCUUCCGCGGAAUCAUCGCUCUAUCAUCUCCUCCGAGUCGGCCGGUGGCCGGUCCAAGUUGGCCGGGUCGCGGGGAGCCGAUUGGAGCGGCCGAAACAUUUUUGCUGACUGCAGUCAUGCUCUCCCGGCCCGCUUGCUGGAAUAGACACAGACACGGAUUGGGUCACGCUGAAGACAUUCCUGUCUUGUGAAGCAAGUCUGUUUGUAUUUUAGGUUUGCCAGGACUAAUGAAUUAAAACAUUUGGACGCUCCGCAACUUGCUGUUUAUCAAUGCCUCUUGACAGGAGGAGGGUUUUUCUUUUGCGCUUGCUUUUUCUAGAAGCAUGACAACAUCCUGGCUGCGGGAGAGGCAGGGAAAGGAGAGAGGGGUCGCGGAGGGAAGCGGCCCAGGGGGGGGCCCCGCGGGACGCCGGGGUCUGGGGGACGGCAGGUAGCAGCGAGCCGCCCUCCCAGCUGUCCCUGCUGCUCAGAGUGUCACGCUGCUAUGCGGCAGGUGCGGCCCGCCCUGCCUCCAGCCCUCUCCUCCACAAAGGCAGCGACCGGCCAAGGCAGCGGCUGGCCCUGGAUUACUCGAGUCCAGACACUCGGCUGAGUGAGGAACAGGUGGCUAACGAGAUGGUUGAUUCUAACCAGACGAGACUACACACAAAUCUGGAAGACCCAGAGGAAGGCCAAGGCUCAGGUGCCCACAUGAUCAGCACAGCCAGGGUACCUGCAGAUAAGCCAGUACGCAUCGCCUUCAGCCUCGACAAUGCCGCAGAUGAUACACCACCGGAAGAUGCCAUUCCUCUGGCUUUUCCAGAAUUAGAGCAGCAACUACAGCCUCUGCCACCUUGUCAUGACUCCGUGGAAUCCAUGCAGGUGUACAAGCAGCACUGUCAGAUAGCAGAGGAAUACCGCGAGGUAAAAAAGGAGAUCGCCCUGCUGGAGGAAAGAAAAAAGGAGCUCAUUGCCAAGCUGGAUCAGGCAGAGAAGGAGAAGCUGGAUGCCGCUCAGCUGGCUCGGGAAUUCGAGGCCCUGACGGAGGAGAAUCGGACGCUGAAGCUGGCACAGUCCCAGUGUGUAGAACAACUGGAGAAACUCAGAAUACAGUAUCAGAAGAGACAGGGCUCGUCCUAACCUGACAUGAUUCAAUGUGAGCAUAAGAGGUUGGUGACUGCUGAGCACUGACCAAGAUAUUUUUUGUUUUCAAGGGGUAGCUAGUAAAAUCUGUCGCUUCUCCUUAUUACACACACGGCCAAGGUCUACACUAAUGAGUUGCAUGCUUGCCAAUCUAGUUGGACAGAAGGGCUAUUUUCUUUUAAAUAAGAUAAUGAGAGCAAACCUUUACCGAAUGUUUUUAGAGAUCAGAAUUCGUUUCAAAACAUUUUUUUCCUUAUUUAGCAAGAUAUGAUCAUACUGUAUAUAUCCGGGUAGAAAAUGACAGAGAACAUUGACUGUUUCUACUAAGAAUCACAAGCAGAAUUCGGCCAUGAAAUAGCCUAGUAAGACGCCCACUGCGGUUUUACAUUGGUGUAUUUUUAAAUUUCAUGUCUUUAACAUUUCAACUGUGCUCCAAUGUGAACUGUCAGAUACUUCACUGCAUAUAUUUAUGUUCACCAGUUAGGUUUAAUCCCUCCAUGAUUGAUUGCACUAAGAAUGCAUGGUUGCAUAUCAUAAAAGCUUUCUUAUGAAAAUAUUAGCAGCAGGUAUGUCUGUGUCAGCCCACAUUUGUAGUGCUAACUUGCUGUUGUAAUAAAAAACUGAUAAAGGUGCAUUUUCUUCACGCCACAUUACCUCCUGGUAAACAUUUCUGCCUUUGCUUGUGUGUGUUCUGGGGGAAAUGGAAAGGUAUUGUUUGGACAUUACUUUGGUGAGUUCUCAUGUAAACAUCAAUAAAAUUCUAACUACCCCUCUGUUUUGGGUCAGUGAUAACUAAGAAGAAUACAUGAGUAAAUUCAGGAUUAAAAUGAUUUUCCCCUGUUCUAUCUAUCACAAUAUUUCCCCAAAUUGAUCUCUUUGUUUUA